CGCGCCUGCGCAGUGGGCGCGGAGGGCCGGCCGCGCCCUGGACGCUGCCGGGGUUGCCUGGCAACCGGGUCGCCUGGCAACGGACGCUUGCAGCCGGCUGGCGGGCGCUGUCAGACAGCGCGCGCCGAGGCAGUGUUCCCCGCGGAGCUUCGUUCUGCAAGCUGGGGCAUCGUUUGCCCCCUGCCAGCGUGGAUCCAUGGCCCACGCCCGAAUCUCCAUGUAUCUGCCCCCCGACAUCAACCCCACCCAGGCGGCCAUUGCCUACGGCUGCCGGGCCCUGCCCAAGCUAAACGAAGAGCUGCAGUCAGAGGAAGUGGUCACGCGACAGAAAGCCCUCAUGGCCCUCUGUGACCUCAUGCAUGACCCCGAACACGUCUACGAGGCCAUCGGCAUAGGCUGCCUGGAGAGCCUGAAGGCUUUGCUGAAGGAUCGCGAUAGCCUGGUGCGCAUCAAAACCACGGAAGUCCUUCGCAUUGUGGCAACCCACAACGUGGGCAGAGAUGGCUUUCUAAACCACGGCAUCAUCUUGGCACUGUCCUUCCUGCUGGAUGACCCGCAGCUGCUCUGCCGGAAGAACCUGCACCUGGCGUUCAUGCACCUGGCCCAUCUGCCCUCAGAAGCUGGCUUUCUUGCUGCAGCGUCCUGGCAGAAUGGGACGGGAACGUCUGUGGACAAAAGGUGGCAGGCGGCGGUGGCCCCAAGUGCUGCUGAGUGGCCUGGGGUGAGUCCCACCCAGCUUCCUGGGGUGCCAAGGCAUUGGCGGUGUCUGCAGGCAGUGGGCGCGGGGAGGGAUGCCCGCUGUGCUUGGCUCGCCAUCUGCCACUGUUUUGAUCGCCACUUCUGCACCCCCAGGGGGAGUGUUCUAGUUUCCUAG